UCUUCCUCUUUUUUUCCCCCCUCCUCCAUGCUGCUGUGGAUGCUUCGCUCGCUGCGCCGCAGGACUUGAACCCGGUGCUGCGGCAGAGGGCAGGGAAGGACCUUCGCGGCUCUGGGGAGGGGGUCAGGUUUUCAAGGUAAGAAAUAUUCAGAAGUGGCUUACCAUAGCGUUCUUCUGCGCAGCUCUAACCAGCCAAAGCCAUUCCAGACGAGACAAUCUUGGUCGCUACAUUCCGCGUCUCCAAGAAACGCAGAUUAGCUCUGCACAGGCACAUUUUCUAGGACCAGCUUAGGCCGCAGCUUGGUGGUAAGUGUGAGAAUGGCGACAGAGCCCAGAAAUGAAGCAGCUGAGAGUCUGGAUGCUUUACCAGAGGAUGGAGCGAAGACAGAAGUGAAGGACAUGGAAGAAUCCGAACCGAGACAGGAUCCUGGAAGAAGCCCCGUGAUUGUCCACUCUCGGACUGUGACUGAGUCGUCCUCGGGAGAAGCCACGCCUGAGGACAUUAAGCAGGAAUCGGAGGAUGGGCUGCAAGAAUGCCCAGGACCCCAGGAGCAGAUCUUCUUGAAGACCAAACCAUCUUCUCCCUCUGAACCAAGCAAUGCAGAGCUGGCGAAGCCCCAACCAAUUGAGGAAUCCGAGGAAGAUGUGUCUCCCUGUGAGGAACCAACAGACAUGGAGCUACCAUCUGGAGAAGACAGAGUGAGCCAGCUGUUAUCUGCCAUAGGCAGAGAAACCAUCAAGAGUGCGUUGGCCAAAGACAAGGAGGACUUCAUGGAAGUAGUGGAGGAACCUGCGGACGAGGGCGUCCCCACCGUGGAGAUCGAGCGCCAGUGCUUCCGGCAGUUCUGCUACCAGGAUGCCGAGGGGCCCCGUGAGGUCUGCGGAAUGCUCUGGAAGCUCUGCCACCGGUGGCUGCAGCCGGAGAAGAAGACCAAAGACCAGAUCCUGGAGCUGGUGAUCCUGGAGCAGUUCCUGGCCAUCCUGCCCGAGGACAUGCAGAGCUGGGUCAGGGACGGGCGUCCGGAGACUUGCUUCCAGGCAGUUGGCCUGGCUGAGGAGUUCCUGGCGAGGCCGGACAGGAAUGAGCCCCGGAAACGACCGGAUCUGUGGCCGUUCAAGGAGACAUCUGGCGUCUUCCCUGCACCUGCGAGGGCUCCCCCGGCUUCCACCCCGUGGCCAGUAUUCCGAGAGAACAAGGAGGACGCCGCCACCAAUGUCCCCUUGCUCGCAGGUGAUGGGAGGCCACUGUGGAAAGAGAAGGCCCUGCCUGUCAACUCUGGAGGCUCUGGACUAUCCUGGAUGCUGCCAAGACGAACUGAGCAGAGCAUCUCCCAGUAUUCAGGUCAGGGGGAAGCUUCGGAGAACCAGCAGGGGUCAUCCUCUGGUAACGAAGCAGGUGAAUCUGUCCAUUUCCAAACAGGUUCUGGGGAGAAUCCGUACACAUGCUGGGAUUGUGGCGAGAGCUUCACUGGGCUGGAUGUCCUGAUUGCACAUCAGAGCACCCACACUGGAGAGAAGCCAUUUAUCUGUGGGGAAUGUGGACAGAGCUUCAACCAGCGCUCACACCUUACCACACAUGAAAAAACCCACACGCAGGUGAAGCCUUUCUCUUGCCCCGAGUGCGGUCAAAGGUUUAGCAAGAAAAACGGGCUGGUGGCUCACCAGAAGAUCCACACAGGAGAGAAGCCCCACCGUUGCCUUGAGUGUGGGCAAAGCUUCCUGCACAGGUUCGACCUUAUCCGACAUCAGAGAAUCCACACAGGAGAGAAGCCCCACGAGUGCCCUGACUGUGGGAAGGGCUUCCGGAGCAUGUCGGCCUUCCACGUGCACCGUAGGAUCCACACGGAUGAGAAGCCGUACCCGUGCUCGGCCUGCGGGAAGAGCUUCCGCCAUCGCACGAACCUCAUCGUGCACGAAAGGAUCCACACCGGAGAGAAGCCGUACAAGUGCACCGAGUGCGAGAAGAGCUUUGGCGAUGCCUCCUCGCUGCGGAAGCACAGGAGGGCUCACACCGGAGAGAGGCCGUACGUAUGCCUGGAGUGCGGAAAAACGUUCUCUCAAAAUGCCGGCCUGGUCCAGCACGAGAGGAUCCACACAGGGGUGCGGCCCUACCAGUGCUCUCUCUGUCCCAAAAACUUCCGGGACAAAUCGGCCUACUCUGCACACCAGAGGACCCACACCAAGGAGACUCCGUUUCACUGCCCAGUCUGUGACAAAAGCUUUGGCCAUCGCUCCAACCUCCUCAAGCAUGAAAGAAUACACACCGGGCAGAAGCGGUACAAUCCAACAUGUGCCAAGUGUGGAAAAUCCUUCCGAUGCAAGGCUGAGCUCACUGAGCAUCAGAGGAUGCAUUCAGGAGAGAAACCAUACAUGUGCUUGGACUGUAGGAAGAGCUUCUGUAGGAGGAAUGUUCUUGUGGCACACCAGAGAAUCCACACCGGAGAGAAGCCAUUUAAUUGCCCAGACUGUGGGAAAAGCUUCAACCAGCGGUCACAUCUUACUGUACAUGAAAGAACGCACAGGCAAGAGAAGCCCUUUGCUUGCCCAGAUUGUGGGCAAAGCUUUAGCAGGAGAACGGGACUUGUGGCUCAUCAAAGGAUACACACUGGAGAAAAGCCCUAUCGUUGCCCAGACUGUGGGAAGAGCUUCCGGCAGAGGUUUGACCUUAUUCGACAUCAGAGAAUCCACACAGGGGAGAAGCCACAUGAGUGUUCCGACUGUGGGAAAAGCUUCAGGAACAAGUCGUCAUUCCUUGUGCACAGGAGGAUCCACACAGAGGAGAAGCCGUAUCCAUGCUUGGGCUGUGGGAAGAGCUUUCGGCAUCGGACAAACCUCCUCGCACAUGAAAGGAUCCACACAGGUGAGAAGCCAUACAAGUGCAGUGAAUGUGGGAAAAGUUUUGGGGACGGAUCAUCCCUGAUGAAACACAAGCGAGCCCAUACAGGGGAGAAGCCAUACAAAUGCUUGGAAUGUGGGAAAGGUUUUUCUCAGAAUGCCGGCUUGGUCCAGCAUGGGAAGAUCCAUACAGGCGAGAAGCCGUACCAAUGUCCUGACUGCUCCAAAAGCUUCCGGGACAAAUCAGCUUUCAUCGCGCACCAAAGGACCCACACGAGGGAAAAACCAUAUUGUUGUGUUGGCUGUGACAAAAGCUUUAGUCAUCGCUCAAACCUCCUUAAGCAUGAAAGGAUCCACACUGGGGAAAAGCCGUACAAAUGUUUGGACUGUGGAAAGGGCUUCACGCAGAAAAACGUCCUUAUUACACAUCAAAGAAUCCACACUGGGGAGAAACCCUAUAGGUGCUUGGACUGUGGGAAAAGCUUCAGCCAGCGCUCGCACCUGAUCCUCCAUGAGAGAACUCACACAGGUGAGAAGCCCUACAAGUGCUCAGACUGCGGGAAAAGCUUCAGCCAGCGGCCACACCUGGUUAAACAUGAGAGAAUACACACCGGGGAGAAGCCAUACAAGUGCCCCUACUGCGGGAAGAGCUUCAGUGACCGCUCGACGUUGACAACACACAAGAGGACACACACGGGAGAAAAGCCAUAUUCGUGUUCAGACUGUGGGAAGAGCUUCAGUGACCGCUCCUCCCUGAUUGCACACAACAGGACCCACACAGGCGAAAAGCCCUACAGGUGCUCAGAGUGUGGGAAAAGCUUUAGCCACCAAUCAACUCUCAUUCGACAUGAGCGGAUCCAUAGCAGCGAGAAGCCACUGAAGGGGUUGGAAGCCAGGAGAGGGGCGAACUCGGUCUCGGUGAUGAAGGGACCCCAUUUUGGAGACCAGCCUCCAGUGCCAUGGACAAAUUCUGUGACAUGGGGGGAAUCCCUUUCUGUCAGCCUGAGCUCUCCCCGCAAGGCUUCCCCUGUUGAAUUCCUGCCUGGAGUCUUGCUGAUGGACAUGGCUGAGGGAGAAAGAGAAGUGUCCGCCUUGGGUGUCCAAUUGCGAGCGGCAAUGAAGAGAAUGAAGGAGGAGCAAGACGAGGAACCAUGGCACGACUCGGGAGGAGGCAGGCCACUUCUCCAAAGCGGGCGCCUGAGAGAAUUCUGGGAACGAAAUGGGGUGCAAGAGGUUGGGCAGGACCACUGUCAUGGCCCCCAGCAGCAAUGGGAAGCCCAACUGCAGGAAUUCCUAAAGAUGGUCGAGUCCCCCGAGUCCAGAGGGGGCAACCCCUCGCUGCUAAUACUGCAGCCUCUUCCAAGAGACAGCAAUAUGGCCUUUCUGUCCUCUUUGGAGCAUGAAGUUGAGAUUGGCCAGCGAGGCCGAGAGGAGAUGCUGGCCCAGACCGUAUCCGGCCUCUGCAGAGAUGAAGCCAAGGUUGAUUUCUCGGCCAAAGGCAAGGCGGAUUGCAAAAAGGUGAAAGAAGAGACUGAGGAUGAGGAGGACGCCAGCAGCUGGGAUGCCCGGCGGCAGCUCUUCAGGCAGUUCUCCUACCAGGAAGGGGAUGAGCCCCGAGCUGUUUGCCAAAGGCUCCGGGAACUGUGCUGCCGGUGGCUGAAGCCAGAGAGGCACAGCAAGGAGCAGAUCCUGGAGCUGGUGGUCCUGGAGCAGUUCUUGGCUGUCCUGCCCAAGGAAGUCCAGGACUGGGUCCGAGGAGGUGGGCCAGAGACCUGCAGCCAAGCUGUGGCUCUGGCUGAGGGUUUUGUGCUGAGGCAGCAAGGAGCCAAAGAAAAGGAGGAGCAGGAGCAGGAGCCCUUCGGGGCGGCCCGUUUCUCAGAGGGAGAAGCCGUUGCAGCAGGCGCUUGGCAGGGGCGGAUUUUUGUCAAGGAGGAGGACGAGGACAGAGAAGCCGCGUCUUUGGGUGAUGAGGAAAUGUGGGAGGUGGAUGGUCAUCGGCCUGAACAUCCCAGGGCAGGGGACUUGAAUGAGCUGUCCGCAAGAAAAGUGGAAUGGAACAUUUCUCAGCAUCCUGACCAGGGGGGAGGCUGUAAGAGUCCAUGGGAGAACCUGGCAGAGAAGGAAGGGGACACAUUUGCUCAGUCUGAGCAUGUUUUUCUACAGAACCCUGACCUUACCACACACAACAGCACUUGUUCAAGAGAUAAGCCCUUCAAGUGCAUGGCAUGUGAGAAGAGCUUCAGCCGUCGUUCGAACCUUGUUAUCCACCAGAGGACGCACACAGGGGAAAGACCCUACAAGUGCCCAAACUGUGAGAAGAGCUUUAGUCACCGGUCAAACCUCAGUGCUCAUGAAACCGUCCAUACUAAAGAGAAACGAUACAAAUGUUCUGACUGUGAGAAGAGCUUCAGCCACCAUUCGCACCUUAUCAUGCAUCGGAGAAUCCACACAGGGGAGAAGCCUCAUAAGUGCUCCGAUUGUGGGAAAAGCUUCAGUAACCCAUCACACCUUAAAGCACACAAGAGAAUCCACACAGGAGAGAGACCGUAUGUGUGCUCAGAGUGUGGAAAGAGUUUUAACCAGAGAUCUAUCCUUAUUGUCCAUGCUAGAACCCACACAGGAGUGAAACCAUACACUUGCACCACUUGUGGGAAAAGUUUCAGCCAGAGCGCAAACCUUACGGCACAUGAGAGAACACAUACGACCCGGGCCAUCCAUCACACCUUUGAUUCUUCAGAGGAUAGAAACUGUCUCAGGACUACAAACAUGGGGACAUCUUCGGUUGGAGAACCCAAGUGCGGCCAUUUCCCUGCUCAGCAUUGUAGCAGUGAGAGGAUGGCCUGUCUCCUGCCGGACCUCUGCAAAGAAACCCCGCAGACUGAGCGCAGCCUGUGGCCUGUCAACAAAGUGAGCUGCUCGAAAGUGAAAGAAGAGGUCCUGGACGAGGAGGCUGCUGGCUCAGAGAGGCAGCGCCAGCAUUUCCGCCAGUUCGGCUACCAGGAGGCGGAGGGGCCACGUGAGGUUUGCAACCACCUCUGGGAACUCUGCAGUUUGUGGCUGCAGCCGAAGAGGCACUCCAAGGAGCAGAUCCUGGAGCUGGUGGUGCUGGAGCAGUUCCUGGCAGUUCUGCCUGCGGAGAUCCAGGGCUGGGUCAGGAACAUGGAGCCGGAGAACUGCUCCCAGGCCGUGGCCCUGGCGGAGGAUUUCCUUCUCAGGCAGCAAGAGGAUGAGAGGCAAGAAGACCCGAAGACGAGGCCAUUCAAAGAGGAGGCUGCUCCUUUCCCCGUGGCUGAAGAAGUUUCAUCUGAUUCCUGGCAGAAGGUCAUCUUAGGGGAAAUCAAACAGGAGGAGGAGGAGGAGGAGGAGGAGGAAGAGGACCGAGAUGCCACCUUGCUGGGUGAAGAGAGUGUUUGUGGAGAGGAGCUGGACAACGGUGGGGAAGUGGGACCGCCGGGGAUGCUUCUGGGAAGAGCCGUGUGGAACAUCUCCCGCCAUGCUGACCUGGGCGAAGCCUCGGAGAGCCGGCUGGGAAGCUGCCCGGAGAAGGCCAGGGAGAAGGUGGCGGGCAGCUCACAUGGCUACCAGCAGGUCAAGGGGGUCAUGGUCCAGCAGAGGAUCCAAGACGAGCGGCUGAAGAAGUGCCCCGAAUGCGGGAAGGGCUUUGUGUGGCGGUCCGAGCUGAUCGAGCACCAGCGAUCGCACACCGGGGAAAGGCCCUACUCGUGCUCCUACUGUGGCAAAAGCUUCAGCCGCAAAUCCUACAUCAUCAAGCACGAGCGGAUCCACACGGGCGAGAAGCCCUACAUUUGCUCCCACUGCGGGAAGGGUUUCAUUUCCAAGUCAGACCUCAUCAAGCACGAACGGACCCAUACGGGGGAGAAGCCCUACAUCUGCUCGGACUGUGGGCGCAGCUUCAGCCGGAAGCAGUUCCUGGUCACCCACCGCAGGACACACACCGGCGAAAAGCCGUACAAGUGCUCGGAAUGCGGGAAGAGUUUCAGCCAGCGCACCUGCCUGGUCAUCCACGAGCGAGCCCACACGGGGGAGAAGCCCUUCAAGUGCCUCGUGUGCGGCAAGAGCUUCGGCCGGAGAGACAUCCUCAUGACGCACCAGAAGUUGCACACCCGGGAGAAGGCGUACCAGUGUGCCGACUGGUUGUGAAGCUCACCGCUUGGCCAGCGUGUUGGCUGUUGUGCUCACAAUCGCCUGUAUUUCAGGAGCCGUUGGGAAAGGAAGAGUGUGUGAGGCAGACAGGAAAGAACGGGGUUUGAUUUCAUGAAUGAAGAGGUAUAAAAGGACCUCUUCACACAUCUUUAGCUGUAGGUGUUUUUGAGCGUACACCCUAAACAUGUAAUGUGUGAACAUAGUGAGUGAGUGUAUCAUGCAGGGGUGCUUUCCAGAAGACUAGGAUUUUAGCACCUUGAUGGAUGCACAUUCAGCGUGGCUGGCUUUGGUUACCUUAAUGCAGCUGGCUCAGGCGCAGUGGGAAAUCAUGGUUUUGCCAUCGGGGUCGAGAGCUCUUUCUUUUCCUCGCUUGCUCCAACUUCCCAGCAAACCGGUUUCAAAUGGGUUCAUAGUUUUGGCUCGGAAGGCAAAUGCCAAGAGUCACUGCCCAGUUAGUGUUUACUAGCCGCACUCCGGUUUUCCCAGACCAGGCAGCUGGGAGUGAUGCCUGGGAGCGAGACGGCAAACUCAAGACUCAAACCUUGCAGCUGUUUCACAUCCUAUGUGCAGAAAGGUGCUGAGAGAAAUGGACUUGUAGGAAUGGAAGGAGCUUUGUAUUAAAUGCUGCAGUCCUAAGGGCACUUUGCACAUGAGCAGUAGCCCUUUUGUGGCAUGUAACAAAACACUGUUGAAGCUGAAGGGUGCUUUGCCAGCUCCUCAGAAGCGUGGCGUGUGUGGAUGAACGGGGCAAAAGGGCUCCUCUUCAACAAAAGAAGUUUUACUGGCUUAACUGAGACGUUUCUGCCACCCUGGUUUGUGCUAACCAUAGUUUAGAAUCCAAACAAGCGUUUGAAUUCCCAAACUAUAGUUCAGGCCUGCUUGUUUGCAGUCGUUUUCAGUUGGUCAAGUGCUCGUAUUUCUGCACAGGUCCCUCCGGAGACCAAGCCAUGGCUUCCGCUUUGGUUCGUCUAUUCAGACCGUGCAGGCCAAGCCAUACUUUGCAGAGCUACUUCAGACCAUCUUCUCCAGUCCUGAUUUUCUGGCUGACUGUUACCUGAUUUGAUGAUUCUGACACGAAACCAGGGGCUGGACAACUUGUGCUCCCCACUAGAUGUUUUGGCCUACAGCUCCUCUCAUCCCUCAUCGGUGGCUGUCUCAUUCGGAGAGUCAGAGCAUCUGGAGUGCUACAUUUUGUCCACUCUCGCACCAAGCCAAACCAAACCAUGAUUAACUUGCCUUAACCAUGGUUUUGCAUGAUGCCUGAGGUGAAGCACUGUGAGCGUAAGCAGUGACGGCUUACCUAAUGUAGUUCUUUGACUCAGCGCUUACUAUAUCUAUUUUAGAAUCUUUUUAUUUAUAACAUUUGUGGGUUUUCCCCAUCCGUGCAUAUUUCACUUUCACAUUAGAAAGUAAAAGCUGCAAAAUGAACACCCAGUUGACAGAAGGAGACUGUCACCAACAGGAGCAUUGUUCCGUAACUAUAUUAAUAAACCAACGGUCAAAGUUUCUCCAAUGUCGUUAAAAAGGAGAACGAAAAUUGUAAGCUAUUGUUAGACUGUAAGCCUGAAGGGCAGUAAUUCUUUUACUAUUAAUAUGGUGCUGCAUCUAGUGUUCCUUUUAGGUUCUUGAUUAAAUAAAUAGCUCAUUGUUGUGCA